UCUUGUGAAUUUAUUAAGAAAUUACCAGAAUUAUGCACCCCAAACUUGGAGAUAUUGGACCUUUUUGGUUGUGUAAAUUUAGUUGAGAUUCAUAAAUCAGUUGGAUUUCUUGAUAAGCUUAAAACGUGGAGUCUCUCUUAUUGCAAAAGGUUUAAAAUUCUUCCAAGCAACCUCAUGUUGAAAUCUCUUAAUUCUUUUGAUCUUGUUAGAUGUUCAAGACUUGAGAAGUUCCCUAAUAGUCAUCCUGAAAUGAAAUGUUUAAGAGAUUUAGAUUUGCAAGGGAGUGGUAUUAGAGAGUUGCCUUCAUCAAAAUUAUGCCUACGUGACUGCCCAAAUCUUAGGGAUCUUCCGGACACAAUUUAUAAAUUGCAACAACUUCAGGAUUUAUCAAUUCCUACUACCCGUUUGAGAUUUACAUGCAAUUCUUUUGAUAGCAUUUCUGGAUAUGGGUUUUUGAUGAUGGAACAUCUAGAUAUCGGACACUGUCUCAAUCUAAAUAAAUUAGACUUCUUGAUACAGCCUGAUUACUUCCCUGCAUUGAAAAGUACAUCUCUACCUAGAACCAAUAUUAUUACCAUCCCUGAAAGCAUAAGUAGAUUUCCUAGAUUAGGCGUACUUUCUAUUCAAAAUUGCAAGCAACUUCGUGAAAUUCUAGGCCUUCCAAAAUCGAUAAAAUGGGUAAAUGCAACAGAUUGCUUCAAAUUGGAUCUACAAUCAUUAUUGAGUCAGGUUGAAGCAAUUAUGGGGAUUUUACCAAAUACAUCAUGUGAAGGUGCAGGAACCAACCUAUUAAUAAAUACACAGUUAUCUGAUGACUUUGCAUCUAAAACUGAAUCAGAAGAUGAGGGCAUUACUUGUUUUAUUAUAGCACCAGGAGCUGAGAUUCCGGAGUGGUGUAAUCAUCGAAGUGUUGGAAAUUACAUAUCAUUCUGGGUUGGUCGCAAAUUUCCAAAAAUCGCUCUCUGUAUUGCUCUUGGACAGAAUGAGCCACAUCAGCAUGUUGCAGUUUACUUUUACAUCAAUGGUCGUGGAAAAUAUGUCUAUUUGAGAAGAACUUUUGAAGAAAAUUCUAGUUAUCUAUGGUUAGUUCCUUCGUGUCGUUCGUUUUUACAAAAUCAUUUGGACGUCUCAUAUCCAUCCGAACAGAAUCAUGUUGAGUUUGUAUAUGAAAUCAAACCCAAAAGGUAUCAUCGUAGACAUUGUCCUUUUUAUAAGCCAAGACCACAAAAUCCUACGGUCAUAAAAAGGUGGGGAGUUCAUGUAGAAUGCAUUUGUUGUCCUCAUAAAUCUGGUAUUUCUUACUUUCCAUUUCAAAGUGCUAAGUCUUCCUCAGUCCAUGAUAACUCCAGGCCCCUGCCUUUACUAGCUCUUUUCCCCUCUUCUUCUGCCUCAGAUAUGGAUAGGAGGAAUUUCAACAAUGAAGGAGAUUUGGGUAUUUCAAUAGAAACAACAAAUAUUGCGUUUGACACUGCUUGGAGGAGGGACUUUGAUCCCGAUGAGUUUAAAUUGACUUUACCACCAAAAGCGAUUUUCUCCUCACAAUUACAAUAUGAUGACCCCUGCUGGUGUCAAAAAACCAAAUAUGAGUCUCUGGGGUGUAUUUUGGUGAAUGCUGGUGGGUUUUCUUUCUUCGCUGAUGGUGCUGAGCUCCCACUUUUACUACAUCGUUCUCCCACUUGGUUUUGAGGCUUUUGAAGGAAUUUCAUAAUGAUUUGAGUUUAUCACCAAAUGAUUCAUGAUGCAGUAGAACGUCAGCCUCCUCUGGUCCCUGAUACAACUAAUGGAUCUGAUUUUGGCUUGGGCCAGCCAGAUUUGGCAUUAGGCUCAACUGUUAGUGGUUGGUGCGUGUGUUGCAUUUGGGUUUGUCUUCAAUGGCCCCUGACUUUGUAAGUGAUGACUCUGAUUUCAAUGUGUCCACCGUCGAAGAAUAUGAGGGAACCUUGAUCAAACUUCAAACGAUUAUGUCUGUCUUCUUUCCUUUGAUUCCCAUCUCUCCAAUUCCAAUUUAGCACCCUUCACUUUACCACCUCCAAAUUUCAUAUCACGAUUGCCUGGCCAUGGUGGAAUAGCUUGAGCACCAGUUUCAACAUGAAAGACUUGCAUAAAUGGAUUGUGGUUUUUCUGUUUGGUAUGAUUCUGCCUUAAAUCUGCACAACCGUUCCUUGGAAUUUUAGGGGAUUUCACCAUGUAUUGCAUUGUCCAUUGUGAUAUAGAAGAUUUCAAAUAAUAAUUUUGUGGGUUACGUAGUACUUUACCUCUUGCAAGGCCAGUUCCACCUCCAAAUUUCAUAUCAAGAUUACCUGGGCCAUGGUGGAAUAGCUUGAGCACCAGUUUCAACAUGAAAGACUUUGCAUAAAUGGAUUGUGGUUUUCCUGUUUGGUAUGAUUCUGCCUUAGAUCUACACAACCGUGCCUUGGAUUUUUAGGGGAUUUCACCAUGUAUUGUGUAAAGUUAUGUUUUUUUAAUGAACAGAAACUGUUCAGU